AUGGGCGAGAAGUGGGUAACACCGACCGGACGGCCCCGGCCUCCGAAAGGCUCUGCGUCCGCGCCGAGCCGCUUAAAGUCCAUCUCUAAAAUCUCCCUCAGCGACCGGCGGCUGUGGGAGCAGGAACGGCGGCGCCUGAUGCGGGCCGGGCGACGGCCAGGGCUGAUGGAGAACGAGGAGGAGGGGGAGGAAGAUGGGGACGACGAUUCGGAGACGGAGGAGGAGGAGGAGGACAGCGAUGAGUCGGACACGUGGUGCGCGUACUGCUGCGAGCCGCCUCGGCUGCAGAGCAUCUGCGCCUUCUUCUUCGCGCUCAUGAUCUUCUCCGCGCUGCUCGUCGCGCUCUUCAGCGCCGCCGGCUUAAUAAACCCCGUCAAGGAUUGGUUGCCGCCGCUGGGGCAGCCUCGCCGCAACAGUCCUCCUCGGCCCGUACAAGAGAACGAGCCGCGAACCAUCGGAGUGUUUCCGUUACUGCCGGCGAGCGACUCGGAGCAGCUGGCGGCGCUGCAGCGGCAGCUCGAGCACCAGCAGAAGCUGCUCGCGGCGCAUCGUCAGAACGAGCAGUCGUCGGCGCCGGAAUCCGCGGCGCCAUCUGCGGCGUCAUCCACGCCGCAACAGCCGCUUCUGCAGACACCGCACCAGCGGCGCAGGGGGGACGCGCGGACCGCGCCGCUGCAGCAGUUCCAGAAGCUCCGCCCGUUCGGUAUCGGCGCGCAGGGACAGACGCAGGCGGUUGGUGCGGAGCAGCGCGCGGCGGAGCUAGGGAAAGCGGAGGGCGCGGACGAGGCGGGGGCGCAGAGGGGAGAGGGGGAAGCAGGGGGAUCCGCGCAAGCGAGCGCGGUAAUGGAGUCGCAACAGCAGGAGCAAGCGGAGGAGCAGCAGGUGCUGAUGCAGGAACAGCAGCAGCACGCGCAGGCGCAAGGCGCAGCAGCGGGGGAAGAACAAGCUGAGCUCGCGGAGGAGGCGCAGGCGCAAGGCGGGGCGCAGGAGUUCCGCAUAGAGGGCCUGGGAGAAAUGAGGGGCGCGGAAGGCGCAGACGGAGAGACAGGCGCAGGCGUAGGCGCGCGGGGGAGUGCGCGCGUGAGCGUAGUGCCGUCGUCGCUGCCUGUCGUGGACGUGUUCUCGAAGCUCGACCCUACGACCGCCCGCACCGUCGCCAAGCUGUCGCCUGCGACCAUCACGUGCGACAAGGCCGUUCCGCUCGCUGCUGCGGUGAGCUCUAGAUGGGGGGACUGGGGGAUGACGAGGGGGAAGGGAGCGGGGAAAGCGGGAAAUGGAGAAGGAGGGGAAAGAAGGGAAGGGGGAAAAGGGGAAAGAGGGGGGAAGGAGUGGCCGUACCUGUUGAUGCAGGGGCGGCCGGCAGGGCUGGUGGCGCAGGAGCAGGCGCUGCUGCGUGCCGUGUGGGUGGCUAAGGCUGUUGGCGCUGUGCUCGUGCUGCCACCGCUGGUGACACGGGCAGCGACCGGUGGUGUGGAGCAGCAGGUGGAGCCGCAGGAACAGGGGCAGGGGCAGCAGGGGCAGCAAGGACAGCAGGGGCCGGCGCAGCAGGGGCAGGCGGGACAGGAGGGGCAGCAGCAGGGGAGGGAGCAGGGGUUGAAGGAGACGGGGAUGGAGAGGCUGUUCAGCACUCACUUCUUCAUCACGCAUGUGAGUCUUGCCGUGCCAGUGCUCUGCCCUAUCUUGCUCCCGCAUCAACCCCUUCUCAUUGUCCCGCCCCCUCCUCCCGGCACCUCCCCCCUCCACCUCUUCCCCCUCACAGGAAUCUGGGUGGUGCCGCAGCUUCCGGGAAGCGUCUGGGACCGGCUGCCUACAGGGGUGUCAGGAGAUGACGUGGACGCCUUGCUGGCGCUGCCAGGUGGCAUCGCACAGCGCAUCCCACGUGGCAUCGUGGCUGCCAGCGGGGAUGCUGAGAGUGCAGCUCUGGCGGAGUGGUUGCAAUCCAUGGGCCGCAAGACCAAGAAGGGCGAGGUGCGGCUGCUGGUGUACAACUCUUCAGACCCCAUCUCCUUCACCACCUCCCAGCAACCGCAGCAGCAGCAGCAGCAGGGGAGGGUGAGGAAGAACGCAUUGGCAGCACUGCGAGUGGUACCACCCAUAGCAUCCGUGACCACUCAGCUGCUGCACCUCCUGCGCAAGGCCUACCAGGCGCGCUUCUCUGACCUCUCCCGCUUCCACUUUGCCGCCUUGCACUUGACGCUCGAGGCCCCACAACCCGAUGCAGCAGGAGGGUCAGCAGGAGCUGCUCUUGCUGCUGCAAGCCUGCAGGCGGCUCGUGAGGCGCUCUUGACUCUCCUGGACCCGUCCAGAACGCUCCUCUAUGUCAUCAUUGCCCCCGUGCCACACCGCACUGCCAUUCUCCGGGAGCUCGCAGAGUCGUACCAGGUGGUAACCAGAGAUGACCUCAUCAGUGACGUCAGCAGCCGGUUUCCCGAGGGGGAGGUGCAGACGGCGUUAGAGCAGGGGGUUGCGAAGGAGGCUGCGGUGUUCAUGGGUUCGUCCACAGAUGCGUUCUCGAGGUUUGUGUUUGAGCUGCGGUGCUUCACGCGCCCGCUGCUGGGCCGGUCGCAACGAGCCACUGUGUUUUAUGACCUUGGCUUGUCUGUCGCCCCAUGCCGCGUGGAUCUCUAG